GGGGCCGAGGGACCCCUUAGGGAGCUCCAACGCCCCGCGCCCGCAGUCCGGGGCGCUUCCCGGGCGCGGCAGCCCGGCGGGUGGGGCUCGCCGUCAUCCAUUUACCAGCCUCGCCCUCCGUGGGCGCCGUUAAUGAGAUUAGCAAUUAAAAGCGGCGAGCGCGGCGGCUGGGGCAGCGGGCUAGCGGAGUCCCGCCAUGGAGAAGGUGCGCCCGCAAUGGGGCCGCCAGCGGCAGUUCGUGUUCGCCUGCAUCUCCUACGCCGUGGGCCUGGGCAACGUGUGGCGCUUCCCCUACCUGUGCCAGCUGUACGGCGGAGGGAGCUUCCUGGUCCCCUACGUCGUCAUGCUCUUCGUGGAGGGAAUGCCGCUCUUGUACCUGGAGCUAGCGGUGGGGCAGCGCAUGCGGCAGGGAAGCAUCGGCGCCUGGAGGACCAUCAGCCCCUACUUCAGUGGCGUCGGCGUGGCCAGCGUGGUGGUCUCCUUCUUCCUGUCCACGUACUACAACAUCAUCAACGCCUGGGGCUUCUGGUACCUCUUCCACUCCUUCCAGGAUCCGCUGCCGUGGUCUGUCUGUCCGCUCAAUGGAAACCACACGGGCUACGACGAGGAGUGUGAGCAGGCGUCCUCCACGCAGUACUUCUGGUACAGGAAGACCCUCAACAUCUCCCCGUCCAUCCAGGAGAACGGGGGUGUGCAGUGGCAGCCGGCGCUGUGCCUCACCCUGGCCUGGCUGAUGGUGUACCUGUGCAUCCUGCGGGGCACUGAGUCCACUGGCAAGGUGGCGUAUUUCACCGCGUUGCUGCCCUACUGCGUGCUCACCAUCUACCUGGUCAGGGGCCUCACGCUGCACGGAGCCACCAAUGGCCUGGUGUACAUGUUCACGCCCAAGAUGGAGCAGCUGGCCAACCCCAAGGCCUGGAUCAACGCGGCCACGCAGAUCUUCUUCUCGCUCGGCCUGGGUUUCGGCAGCCUGAUCGCCUUCGCCAGCUACAACGAGCCCUCCAACAACUGCCAGAAGCACGCGGUCCUGGUGUCCCUCGUCAACAGCUCCACCUCCAUAUUCGCCAGCAUCGUGACCUUCGCCAUCUACGGCUUCAAGGCCACCUUCAACUACGAAAGCUGCUUAAACAAGGUGAUUCUGCUGCUGACCAAUUCUUUUGACCUUGAAGAUGGCUUCUUGACAGCCAGCAACCUGGAGCAGGUGAAGGACUACCUAGCGUCCACCAACCCGAGCAAAUACAGCCAGGUGUUCCCACUCAUUCAAAACUGCAGCUUGGAGUCGGAGCUGGACACGGCUGUUCAGGGCACCGGCCUGGCCUUCAUCGUCUACACCGAGGCCAUUAAAAACAUGGAGGUGUCCCAGCUGUGGUCGGUACUAUACUUCUUCAUGCUGCUGAUGCUGGGCAUGGGGAGCAUGCUGGGAAACACGGCAGCCAUCCUCACCCCUCUGACUGACAGCAAGCUCAUCUCCAGCCACCUGCCCAAGGAGGCCAUCUCAGGUCUGGUGUGCCUCAUCAACUGCGCCAUCGGCAUGGUGUUCACCACAGAGGCCGGGAACUACUGGUUUGACAUAUUCAAUGACUAUGCAGCCACGCUGUCCCUGCUGCUCAUCGUGCUGGUGGAGACGGUCGCCGUGUGUUACGUGUACGGUCUGAGGAGAUUUGAAAAUGACCUUCAGGCUAUGACUGGGCGUGCCCUCCACUGGUACUGGAAGGCCAUGUGGGCCUGUGUAAGCCCGCUGCUGAUCGUCGUCCUCUUUGUCUUCUACCUGAGUGACUACAUCCUCACGGGCACCCUGCAGUACCAAGCCUGGGACGCCACCCAGGGUCAGCUGGUGACCAAGGAUUACCCGACAUAUGCUCUAGCUGUUAUUGGGCUGCUUGUGGCGUCCUCCACCAUGUGCAUCCCCCUGGUGGCCCUGGGGACUUUCAUCAUGCACCGCCUUAAGAGGGGGGACACAGCCCCCGUGGCCUGAGAACUGGACCUCCCAGAGACGCACCGUUUCACAGCCCCUGCUUACAGGUGGAAGCUCCUGGGCUGCCUUUAAAAUACUUCAGCCUCAAGGACUCCACCCCCAACCUCCAGAGACUACGAGGUCAGAAGGCGUGGAGGAAGGUUCCCUGGGAAGAAAGCACCCUCCUUACAAAACCAAUCUCCUCCCUUUGUGGGUCCUGAGGCCAUGCCAUGCUGCUUCCUUGUCAUCAAGGUUAAGGCCAAUCUUGAAGAUAAUUGCUUCCUUGAUUCUACAAAGUCCUGGGAGUAAGGUGCACUGUGAGCUGCAAUUUUACCAUCAUUCUUUGGGACCCAAAUGUAAGCGAUUUGGUUUUUUGCUGAGAAAACACCAGAAUAUCAGAGGACAACAAUUUUACUUCAGUUGGAAGAGUUCUGAAGUGCCCAAGAUGACAUAUUUGAAUACUGUCAGUGUUUCACUCAUAGUGAACAUGCAACUUGUGUCCCUACUUUUUACAUGCUAAGAGGAUUGACUGGCCACAAAGAGAGACCUUUGUUGGGUCCCAAAGGGAAUCACCUGUCUCUAAUCUAAGUCUCUCUCAGUGGUCCAGGACUAGCCCUCUACAAAAACUGCUCUAAGUACAGUUUGCAACCCCCAAAUCCCUGAGGAGUCUGAAUAGAUACCCUGUCCAUGGUGUCUCAGUGCCUUAGAAAAGGUUCUAGAAGUUACUGUGAAGAUGAAGAGUAAAUCUAACUUUCCCAUAUAUUUCAAGUGGUAUUUGGGUAUAACAACUCUAUAAAGAAAACAAAUGUCAAUUACAGUUUUUAUUUAUCUGUACAUAACUUUUAUAAAAUGUACAUAAACAGCAUCUUGUUACUGAAGAUUCACCAUAUGUAUGAUUAUAGCAUUAGUCCACCAUGUGAAUUUGUAUCUUUUCUACUAUAAUAAAGUAGGUUAACGUCACCCUAAAGUGGGAGGGUCCCCUUCCUGCUCCAGCAUUCUGUGCUUCCUUGAGGUCCUGGGGUUCAGGAGAGUUCCUCUGGGUAUAUUUGUAUAGACAUCUCUGAGGACACUUAAACAAUCACUUGGGACAUCAGCCAGAGAUGUCUUUUUUUAACUUAUUGUCAUGCUAUAAAUUUUCUUACAGCAAAAAGAAAUACUAGGAAGGUCUUCUGCUAUCUUAGCCACCAGCUUACCAAUACUUCCGGCUUCCCCUGAUGUCUGGUUAUACGCAGAUUCCAUCCUUCCAAAUGUAUGAACUGCGUUUAUUUACCCAAUACUCAGUCCUCCGAUUUCUCAUCUGAUGGUUCUCCUCCAGCCUUGAAGAGUGGGCCCACCCCAGGCCAAACGCACAGUCCGCCCCAUCCUUCAGGGCCUGUCCCCUCCUCUUGAUCCCCAGAAGUGGUCGCUGUCUUAGGACAUGGUGCCACCUGCUCCUGUGGUCAGUCACAGGCAGGGGGGCCUGUAAGCCAUCCCCAGAGGUGAGAGAAAGGUCGCCCUGGAUGGCUGCUUCAUCAGGCACCUGCCAGUGUGCCCGCUCACCACCCGUUCCCACGCACCUGGGAGCAUUGCAGAUCCCAGGUGUCCACUCCAGCAGAAAACCUGGGGGUGAGCCCUGGAUCUCUGCAGUUUUUUAAAGUCCCCAAGUGAUUCCAAUGUGUAGCAAAACCUGAGAGCCAGGCCCCAUUUAAAAAGGGAAGGAAAAUGAAUGGUUUAUUUAGUUAUAUCAAUGAUGGUUUAUAAAAUUUGAAAACAUUUCCAAUUAUGGGGAAAAGGCAUUUCUGUGGAAGAACUGGAAAUCAGAGACGGAGCCAUACUGAGGCUCCUUCACUCAUGUGGUCACAUCCCGGCAAAACCUCUGUGAGUUAAACAUCCAAAGUUGAAAACACAUUAUGGCACCUCACUUACCCUCAGCUCAGCAGCACAGUGCUCUGUGGUGUGUGGGAUGCUGACCUUGUGUGUGGCUUUCACAGCCUCACAGAGCGAAAAUAUCCCAAGUCACACCAGCAUCAGUCGCAGACCACCUGCCAAGCACUCCGGGUGACGCUGUCCCUGGUUUGAAGUUUUACUCUGGUCUUUGUGAACUUCAUGAAGAGCGGGACACGUCUCAGAAAAGGUUUUUGCCGUUUGCUAGGUACUGCACGAAAGUGGUAGUCUCAGCACUUGUCCACCCGCCCUCCCAUACGAGGAAAGGGACACUCCAUCCUUGUACGCUUAACAAUGACCAUGGCAUCAGGGCCAGACGGUGGACUCUGGAAACUUCCUAUUCUCGCUGGAAAUAGAACUACCCUGGACUUAGCUCUAAGACAUCGAAGACAUGUUCCCCUACAUUUGGUUUUAUCCACUGACGUCGUAAAUAAAACGUAAAGCAAGGAUAUCUGUAGUGGGGAUUUUCUGUCAUUUAUUUGUACAGUUUCAGACCUCUCUAGACACAAGAGAUCCCUUCAUCAUGUAAGUACAAAAGCUAAUUCUGAAAAGUGGAAAAUAAAGAAAAGA